GUGCCACCUGUCGGUUCUCGAAGUUGAGUUGAAGCCAGCUGGCUUAUGUUGUUUGUUUACAGACCAAGUUGACUUUGUUUACGUCGACUUCAUGCUGUAUCACUCACCAUUGGUGGGAAUCGUCGAAUUUUUUUAUUCCUUGGUGUUAUCACGAUUCACUUUAUCAGUUUGUUAUCAAUGUCAAAUUUUUCUUUAGUCUACUGUAACGUCUGUGAUAGUUUGUUGCUCUUAAAAAAUAAAUACGAAGUGGAUUAAUUUGUACGGGACUAAUAUAAAACGGAGUCUACUAUGGCAUUUACAAGCAAUGUGAUUCAACGAAAAUUCAUAAUUAAAAGUAUAUUUAAUAAAAUAAAGGACAGUCAAUGUACAAAUAAUUUAUUUCGCUUAUGUUCAGCAAGACUGUCUUCAUUUUCUGAAGCAUAUUCAUCAGCAAUUAGUGGUAACAAGACAAAACUGAACAUGUAUCAAGCCAUCACAAGUGCAAUAGACAACAGCAUGUCGACUGACCCCACAGCAGUGGUAUUUGGAGAAGAUGUUGCAUUCGGUGGUGUAUUUCGUUGUUCUGUCGGCUUGCAAGAGAAAUAUGGAAAAGAUCGGGUUUUUAACACACCACUGUGUGAACAAGGCAUUGCUGGUUUUGCUAUCGGAAUGGCUGCAGCAGGGGCCACAGCCAUUGCUGAGAUUCAGUUUGCUGAUUACAUAUUCCCUGCUUUUGAUCAGAUAGUGAAUGAGGCAGCCAAGUACCGUUACCGCAGUGGUAACAUGUUCGACUGUGGCCGGCUGACAAUCCGAGCCCCCUGUGGAGCUGUAGGUCACGGAGCAUUGUAUCACUCUCAGAGUCCUGAGGCUUACUUCUCCCACACUCCAGGACUGAAGAUAGUUGUCGCAAGUGGGGCAAUUAAUGCUAAAGGACUGCUGUCAGCUUGUAUAGAAGAUAAAGAUCCUUGUUUAUUUCUUGAACCCAAAGCGUUGUACCGAUCUUCUAUAGAGGAGGUACCGACUGACCAUUUUGUUCUUCCUCUUGGCAAAGCACAAAUUGUUAUUCCAGGUAACGACUUAACCUUGAUCGGUUGGGGGACCCAAAUACAUGUGUUGAAAGAGGUGGCAGCAAUGGCCAAGAAACAGUUCCAAGUGAACUGUGAAGUUAUAGACUUGCUGACCAUACUGCCGUGGGAUCAGGAGACGGUGUGCAAUUCUGUGAAGAAAACUGGAAGAGUAAUAAUUUCACAUGAAGCACCGUUAACUUCAGGAUUUGGAGCUGAAUUGGCUGCUACUAUUCAGGAGGCCUGUUUCUUACACUUGGAGGCUCCCGUGCAGAGAGUUACAGGCUUCGAUACUCCGUUCCCUCAUGUCUACGAGCCUUUCUACUUGCCUACCAAAUGGCGCUGUUUACAAGCGGUGCAAGAAAUUAUUAAAUACUAAUUGGUGGACUUUGUAAUUUAAAGUGUGGUAUAUCUAUUUUAUAUUUUUAUAAUAAAUUUUAAUCUGUUGUU